AUGACUAUUGGUGGCACGACAUUCCUCUGGGUGCGACAUUUGGACUUGUGCAUUGUGGCAGCCGUUAUGUCUAAUACAAAUCCAACAAUGGUCUAUGAGUUUUUGUUUUGUUUCAUCUCCGUGUGUAAUUCUUACAUUGGGGAAUUGAAUGAAGAGAAUGUCAAGAAAAAUUUUAUUUUUAUAUAUGAAGUUUUGGAUGAAAUGAUGGAUUUUGGUUUCCCCCAAAACAGUGACAUAAAUGCACUUAAGAUGUACGUUGUGAGCGAGAGCUUGCAUGGUAUGGUGCCGACGCGUCAAAAUGUCGGGCGACCCACCAUGGAUUUACCCUCGGAAAUUGGUUGGCGCCAACCUGAUAUCAAAUACCGGAAGAACCAGUGCUUUGUGGACGUACUAGAAAUGAUACAUCUUACAAUAAGUUCCCAAGGAACUGUUGUUAGAGCCGAUGUUGACGGUGUUAUCAAAAUGCGUGCUCUUCUUUCGGGUAUGCCUGAGUGUAUUAUGAGCCUGAACAGUAACGUGGCACCAAAAAGUAGUAUACACAACAUCCCAUUGUCCGUGCAGCUCUCGGAUUGUGUCUUCCAUCCUUGUAUUCAAUUUGCAAGUUCGAAUGGGGACCCAUGCCUUCGUUUCAUCCCACCGGAUGGUGAGUUUGAGUUAUUGCGCUACCGUGCCAAGAAAAAUGUACGUUUACCCUUACGCAUUUAUGCGGUUUUUGAGAGAAAGAAUGCAAGUACUGUGCAAUACCAAGUCGUUCUUCGCACGAAUUUGGACCAACAAAUGAAGGUAUCAACAGUCAUUGUGCGCAUUCCGACGCCUCAUCAUGCCACGAGCGUGACGUGCAAUGUACGAAUGGGCAAAGCCAAAUGGGACUCGAAUGAGCAUUUAAUAAUAUGGCGCAUACCGAAGGUGCAAGGUAUGACGGAGUCAGUGUUCUUGGCGGAUGUAUUUUGGAAGUUUCAAGCUGGAAUGCAGUGGCAGAAACCGCCCAUUCAAGUGGACUUUGAAGUGCCGUCAUUAACGGCCUCUGGUUUGGCAGUGCGGUACUUACAAAUCACUGAACGCAGUAACUACAGUGCAGUCAAAUGGGUCCGCUAUGAAACACAAGCUCGUAAUUCUUUUCUCGUAUAUGUUUAA